UAUUUUGUCAACGUACCGAACUUGCUCCGCACUCCAGGAAGUGCGGGGAAAUUUGUGCGCUUCUUCCAGCCGAGUUGGUCCAUGUUAUGCUUUGGUGGCGUUUCUCUUCUGCAGCUUAUAUGGAAGCUUGAAUACUUUCCCCCAACGUAAAGGAGAAGAUACUUCCACAGCUGAAGAUAUGCCACGGAGAAAGAGAACGGCAGGAAGCAGCUCAGAUGGAACAGAGGACUCUGAUUUUUCCACCGACCUCGAACACGUCAGAGCUGCGGCAAGGGCGCGUCGACGCGGCAGCACGCGCCUGACUCGCGCAUCCCUGCGCCUCAGCCAGAGCUCACAAGAUAACUCCAGCUCAUUACGCAGCAGUUCCCCGGCUGCUGCCGCUCGCAAUGUGGGGCCCGAUCCUGCAGCGGAGGCGGACCCCGCCCCGGCAGCAGCACCAGCAGCAGCGGCUGCAGCAACAGCUGCCUCCGUCCUCUCUGGACGCAGGAUCACACGUAGCCAGCAGGAGGCGGUAAACCCCAAAGCUAAAAGAUACCAUUUGCGUCAGAGCAGGUCGUCUGGCUCAGACACAGAAGCCAAUGCAGAUGCAAAACAAGGAGCGGAGCGGGACGAGACGCCCCCGCGGACCCCUACAGGCAACGCCCCGUCCUCGGAGUCAGAUAUUGACGUUUCCAGUCCGAGCAAUGACCAUGUGUCUUCUAACAACAAUAUUGUCGUUUCACAAGAGGAGGACGAGAGACUGGCGAAAGAGCUGUCGCUCAAAGAGGCUGCCGCCCACAACCUCUCCCAUCGACCCAAACGACGACGAUUCCACGAAAGCUACAAUUUUAACAUGAAGUGUCCGACUCCAGGAUGCAACUCACUCGGUCAUCUAACAGGAAGACAUGAGAGACAUUUCUCCAUAUCAGGCUGCCCACUGUACCACAACCUCUCUGCUGAUGAAUGCAAGGGCAAGGCAGCGACACGCGACAAGCAGUCCGAAGAAAGGAUGCUGUCGCAUCGGCAGGAUGAGAACAGACACUCCACAAGGCACCAGCCCCCCACAGAGGGACAGCAGCGCUACAAAGACAAGGUGACAGAGCUGAGGAGGAAGAGGAACUCUGUCCUCAAUAAGGAGCAGAAGGAGAAAUAUACAGAACACCGACAGAGCCACGGGACGAGCCGGGAGCCGCUGCUGGAGAACAUCACCAGCGACUACGACCUCGAGCUGUUCAGGAAAGCGCAGGCACGUGCCUCGGAGGACCUUGAAAAGCUCCGUCUGGCCGGCCAGGUGUCGGAGGGCAGCAACAUGAUCAAAACCAUCGUGUUCGGCCGCUUCGAGUUGGACACCUGGUACCACUCGCCGUACCCCGAGGAGUACGCCCGCCUGGGGAGGCUCUUCAUGUGCGAGUUCUGCCUCAAGUAUAUGAAGAGCCAGACCAUUCUGCGCAGGCACAUGGCCAAGUGCGUGUGGAAGCAUCCACCAGGUGACGAGAUCUACAGAAAGGCGAACAUCUCUGUCUUUGAGGUGGACGGGAAGAAGAACAAGAUUUACUGUCAGAACUUGUGUCUGCUAGCGAAACUCUUCCUGGACCACAAGACGCUGUAUUACGACGUGGAGCCGUUCCUCUUCUACGUCAUGACGGAAGCCGACAACACGGGAUGUCACCUCGUCGGGUAUUUCUCCAAGGAGAAGAACUCGUUCUUGAACUACAACGUGUCCUGCAUCCUCACCAUGCCGCAGUACAUGAGGCAAGGCUACGGAAAGAUGCUCAUUGACUUCAGCUACCUGUUGUCCAAGGUGGAGGAAAAGGUGGGCUCGCCUGAGCGCCCUCUGUCCGACCUGGGUCUGAUCAGCUACAGAAGUUACUGGAAGGAUGUUCUGCUGCGGUACCUCAACAGUUUUCAGGGAAAGGAGAUCUCCAUCAAAGAGAUCAGUCAGGAGACAGCAGUGAAUCCAGUGGACAUUGUCAGCACACUGCAGUCCCUUCAAAUGCUCAAAUACUGGAAAGGAAAACACCUGGUUUUAAAGAGACAGGACCUCAUUGACGACUGGAAGGCAAAAGAGACAAAACGCGGCAAUGGGAAGACCAUUGACCCCACGGCCUUAAAAUGGACACCGCCUAAAGGGACGUAAAGGAGCUUCCUUCUUCCUCCUCCUUCGUUUACUGGCGUCCUCACAGCUGCAGCACAGUCACAUCUGACUACCGUUCAUCAUUUCUUUGGGUUCAAACAGUUUAUGUGUUGACUUAAAUGAAACAAAUAUAUCUCUGUGUAAAUUUUAAAGGUUUUUAUUAUUAUUAUUGUUAUUAUUAUUAUAAUUAUUAUUCCCAGGGUUCACGUGGUACAUGGUGAAAAACUUUGCGUGAAAAGGAACAGGAGGGAAAAUGUGGACAAAGUUGGACCUGGAUUUUAAUAGGGCUUGAACUGAUGACAUGAAGAGAAAAAGAAGUUACACUUGGACUAGGCCAUUAAAUUUAUGGGUUAGUUAAUGAGAAAUUUUUCCAACUAAAAUGGUUGUAUCCACAGAGAAAUUGUGAUAUUUGCUGUGUAUGUUCCUAUAUAUUAACUUAUUUAUGCAAAGAAAGACUCCAAAUGUUUGUACAGGGUAGAUAAAGUUUUACACUUUUUAUGAACUUCAGGUUGAGAGCAGAGUUAAGGAUUUUCCUUAUCGUUUCUUUUUAGAUUUGGACCGACGGUGUCUUGCAAAAGUAUUCAUACCCACUACCGUUGACGUGCUUUACAUAAAACCUCCUCAGUCUUGAACUUUUUGUAGCUUGUAACUGGUUUUCCUCCAAGAUUUCCAUGUGUUUAGCUCCGCCCAUCUUCCAACUCGUACCAGCUUUCCCGGCUGUUGAAGGAAAACAUUCCCAAAUGACCAAAAAAAAAUAAAUAAAUAAAUAAAUAAAUAAAUCAAGGAGUGUGAAUACUUUUUGCAAGGAACUAUGAAGUCUUUGCAUGCAGGAUGUCAGAAUCACUGUGUAGUUUGGUCUUAGGUCUCAGUGAGCCCGUGUGUUUCUGAAAAGUGAAACUAAUAGGGCGCCGCUCGCCUACCUCCUCACGCAAUUAGUAACGGGCACCAGACACGCCUGCUAAUCCAAUCUGUGGCAUCGAACUGGAGCCGCACCUUGUUCCGCCGUGGAGAUGCAACGCAGGUCGGCAACAUGUUGACCUUUGCGGACACGUCGUGGCUGAAGCAAACCAGCUGGCCUGGCUGGGAAUCAGAAGGACACAACCUGAAAAUACACAAUUUGAGAAAACAGGAGCUCUGAACAAGUGGGCUUGUUAAAAAUAAUUGUCUUAUGAACUUGUUUAGAGUUGAAAUUCUUACUGUUUGUCUUUCAAAUAUCUAGAGAAACUCAUUUACACACCGUUUCCGACUUGAAUGGGAUGAUUUCCUUAGACGUUGGUUUUAAAAUCUACUGCUUUUGUUCCAAUGACUGUGUACAAGUGAGUGGAGUGAACCAGCACUUCUUACCAAUCUACAUCUGAAGUCAACAUUUUAUCCCCACUAAAUAUCAAUUUGGAAAUAUUUCAGUAACCUUUCAUCUGGUAACGUCGAAGAAAUGGAAUCCCCCCCCCAAAAAAAAAUGUCUGUUUGAACCCAAAGCAAAUAAGUUGUACGCGUCUCGUGUCUUACGUUCAGUCUGUCUCGGCGGUCACCUUGCCAGGAAGCUAUAGCUGCCACUGGCCACAUUCAGACGGCCCUCUGCUGUCGGACAGAUUUCCACCCGGAUGUGGGUGUGGGAUCACCUCUUGCCUGUUUUUACUCGUUUCCGUAUCACUCGUGAUGUUUGCGGUGUCCGAGGCUACACACGUCUGUUCUGAAUCCUUUCGUUUUUAAAAGUUCUCAUUUCAGUUUUAUACUUUUUCUACCUCUGAGGUUUUACUACUGUUUAACAAUUCAAGCAACUGUUGUACUGUGUUUUCCUUUUUACCAUGUGUUGACAAUUUUAUUUUAUUUUUUUUCUAGUGGUUUAACCCACUAGGUGUUUCCCUUUUUUUAAUUGGAUUAUAGAUAAUAUUUACAUUUUUCUCCUGGGGGUAUUUAUAUUCUUAACUGUAGAGCGUAAAGGGAUGUUUUAUUUAGCUGGACUGACUUUCUCGUAAAUAUAUUUAUGUGAGACCAAUAUGUAGAUAUGAUUGUUGAAAGGUCGUUUAAAGAGGGAGAAUUUCAGGUCAUCCGACCCACCAAACAGUAACAGAAAUUUGUUUUGUGUUUUUUACAUUUCAGAGGCUUAUUGCCUGCUAUAAGAAGUGACAAGACUGAGUCAAAAUGUGUCAUUUUUGCACGUUGUCACCACUUGUAACAGCAAAUAAACUCGACAAGGAUGAAUAGGGUUUAAAUAAGUAUGACUGGCAGCCCACACUGACGGACCGGAAGGGGCUUUGUUUUUAUUAUUUGUAUCGGUAAUUAAUCUAAUUCUAUUUAUGUUUUUAGUCAAAAUCUGUUAAAUGCACAGUUUAUUAUUUUUGAGAAUAUGCUGUAAGAUAAAUAAGCUAAAGCCUACUACCGUUUUCGUUAGAUUAGCACAAAGACUUUGAGCCAGGUUGUUGCUUCUUCUGCUCCUGUAAUUGAACAGUUUAAAAUAAACCAAAUGUAGAACAUAUUUAUGGGACUCACAUGGGUCCUUGUUUAGAACCAAGUCAAUCUUCUAGUUUCUUUUUGUUUUAGUCUUUGAAAUAAGCUGAGAAAACUGGGUAGUUCAGCUUAGUUUUGUACUUAGCUACAACCAGCUGCUAGCUUUGAUUUGCACUUUUUUUGUUUUAUUGCUAUUCUUGCUUUGCUUCUUACUGGGGCUAAGCAAAACCACUAUACCAUAGAUUUGUACUUAGCAACCAUCAAUCUGGGUAGUUGUUGAGCAUAGCUUCGUACUUAGUUUAGCUAAGCUAUCUGAAUGGUAGCUUUGCGUAGCUUUGUACUUAGCCAAGCUAAGUGACUGUUAUCUCGGCUUUGUUUUGUAGCAUGUUCUUAGCUAAGCUAACUGAUUGAUGUCCUAGCUUAAAUUUGUGUGGUAGCCUGACAUAAUUUUUUUUAAACGUAUCUAAGCUAGCUCACUGCUGUCUUAGCUUUGUGCCUGAAUUUGAGUGAUUGCAAAGCAAUUUGAAUGGUAGCUUAGCGUAGCUUUGUACUUAACUAAGCUGACUGUCAUCUUUAUUCUGUAUUUAAGCAGUUUGAGUGGUUGCUCACCAUAGCUUUGUAUACAGCUAAGCUAAGCUAAGCUACUAUCUUAGCUUUGUCUUUAGUUACGCAAAUUGAGUGAUUGCUUAGCACAGGGUUAGCUAAGAUGAAUGACUGUCGCAUUCACUUUUAUUUACCUCAGCAAUCUGAGUAGAUACUGACUUAAAUUUGUAUUUAGCCUGCUUUAUAAUGCUAGCUUAGCUUGGCUGUGUAUUUGGCUUUUAAGUGCAUGCUAUCUUAGCUCUUAGUUUCGUAAGCAACAAGAAACAACAUAAGUGGCUUGUGAUGAAAUUCAAUUUUCAACAUCAUUUGAUCACAAAACAUGUAUUUUUCCCAGUUGACGUUUUGUUUUGGAGCUUUAAUCCUUUAGUUACUGACUUUUUUUUUUUUUUUUUUGUCUGCCAGACUGUAGUUUAGUUGUACAUUUUGUCUAGUGUGGUGUAACAUAUUCUUUCUGUAAAAUAUGUGUAGUUGAAGAUGUCUCACUGUUUCUUUGUUUCCUCUGGUCAUGCAUCUGUAGAAACAUGGCUGGCAGGCCGAACUUUUUUACUUCUAAGUAAGGAUUUUUUUUGUGCCAACCGUUAAAGGCAAAGCGCACUCCAUUGGUUUAAAGUUGUCUAAGAACAAAAAUUUAUCCAAGGAAACUCUUCACAUGACUGUUUCAUACUCGACUGUGAAUCUUCCGGUGUUGAGCGCUCGUCUUUUACAAGAAAUUUUCUAUUUCUUAAACCUGGGAGAAUUGUUACCUUGUUUUUAACACAAAAGGAGUACAUCCUAUUUGGUGACGCUUUAUUUGAAUGGUGUCUAUAAGACUGACACGAACAUGAAGAAUCUUCAGGAUUGUUUAAGUCUGUUGUCAUGAAGCGUCGUUCGGCAAAUAAUGACACUUUCAAUGCAAAAUUGACACAUUUGGACUUUUAAUGCUGCCUUGCAUAAGUGUCAUUAUUUACCGAACGACACUUCAUGACAACAUCAUGAACAUUCAUGAAGAUCCCUUCAUGGUCAUAACAGAUGUUAUGUCAUGUUUAUGAAUUCAAAUAAAGUGUUACCCGUUAUUUUAUUUUAUAACAUGAAAUUUUCAUUUGACAAAUAAACUUGAAAUAAGGAGCUCCACACCACAGAUUAUUUUGUCAGAAAUAGUCUGUGUUGAGCGUAUCAGACCAUUGUAACUAUAGUGAGAUAUUCUCACAUCGUGUCUUUUUCUGCCUUGAGGUCACCAUAUUCAUUUUAUUUCUUUUGUAUUGUGUAUUUUUUUCUUAUCCAAUUAUUGUUUUGUGUUUUUUUGUUUGUUUGUUUUUUACCUUUUUCGUGUGUUUCUUUUGGUUUUUGUGCCAAUGGCAGCUAUAGAUAGACAGCUUCCAAACUUGUUACAGGUCUUCACCUUCCUAAAUAUAAAUAGAAAUAUAUAUAUAUAUCUACAUAUGUCACUAAGUAAACUUUCCAUCAGCUUCCAUCAGUCGGCGGCAAGCUGUUGUAUACUGCUACUACCUACUCACAAAGCAGCAACACAGAAAAGUAGCGAAACGUGGCAUUGGUAUGUAGCUGAGUUGUGCUUUUGCACUUUGCUUCGCCCCCUUCCACCUAAUAAAUGCAAUCGUUGAAACGGA